AUGGUGAAAUUCUUCGGUAUGAAAGUAUUCCACCCACUUGGAAUCAUCUGCAUGACACUGAACAUCGCCGACUUCGCAGCUCCAUUAGCUGGACUGCGAGUGGUAAUUCGUCGUGGAGCUACCUCAACUCUACCGCUACCUCUGUGUAUCGCCAACUUUAUGGUCUCCACUGAAUGGUUCUUAUACGGAGUUCUUAAACGAGACGUCUACCUCAUCACGCCAAACGGUAUCGGAUCUCUUUUGGCUCUUGGUCAGCUUUUCCUGUUCGUUAUAUUGCCACGUAAACCCGGACAACGAUCUCUACUUUCACGUGCUUUCGGUUGCUGUGGACCUAGUGAGAAGGAGACAGACUUGGAGGCACCAACAAAAGAAAUUAUUCCCCAAGCCGAAACCGACGACUCCGAAGACUCCUCAACCCUCACACGAGCUCGUCGUUGGUCGAAGAAGAUGAUCGCCAAUGUGAAUACUGUAGCUGAGGAGAUUGAGCACGUCAUCGGGAAAGCAUCCAUUCAUCAUCAAGACCAUUCCAACUUCAUGUACUCCCAAACGAUUGAUGAUGACACGGCGUCAGAGAAGACGAUGGAUACCGUGGACGGCCAAGCAGCUAAGAACCUCCUACAAGCUCUGAAGAACGGCCAACAAGUGCUGAAUGCCGAAGUACUUAUGUCGUCCAUGAAAAUCACGUCAGGCUCUCAGCGUCUCAACCCCGAGGCACGAAAGGCAAAAAUUCGCCGAGUCUCAAGCUCACCCGAUUUGAUUGACGGAGCCAUUCCAUUGUAA